UGCACAUAAAUAAAAUUUCUUCAAAUAAAAUUUUCAACAACCAACCAACCAAUCAUGGGAAGAGUUCAUCCCCAAGCACUACAAUUAUUAUCUCCUAAUUGCAGCUUCACUUCCAAGCAAGAAACCUUCACCUUAUGGAUGAAAUCUCUUGUUUUGAAUGGAAAAGGUUGCACUGUCUUUGAUUCAAAUGGACAAAUUGUUUAUCGAGUUGAUAACUAUAAUUGCAAAGAUAAACAUGAAGUUCAUCUCAUGGAUCAAGAAGGGAAUGGUUUGUUCACUAUAACUAGAAAGCAAUACAAAUUGUCAAGGUUUUGGGAGGGAUAUCGAUCUCCGGCCACAAGGAAUGACCACAAAGGACCAUGCUUUAGGGUUUGUAAGACUUAUAAGAUCUCAAGAGGGGGUUCAACAUAUGAAGUACAAAUUGGAUUGGACAAAAACCAACCAUGCAAUCUUAAAAUUGAAAGUAUCACUGGCAAAUCUGCUUGUAAAAUUGCUGAUGAAUUUGGUGUAGUAGUUGCAGAGCUUAAAAGAAAGAAGUCACCAUGUGGAGUUGACUUAGGAGAAGACGUAUUUACAAUGGUAGUGGAGGCAAAUGUAGAUAUUUCUCUAAUAAUGGGGAUUGUUGUAGCUUACAGCCUCAUUAACUGCAAAAUGUAAGUACUUUGGAAUCAAGAGAGUGAUUUGCAUCUUUGAUCCUAAAAAGACCAAUUUCAAGAAGCACUAUGCAAAUAUCAAAAUGGCUUGUGGGCCCAACAUUGCAACUAGCUAUUAUCAAUGCAAGUCUCUUCAUUCAGAUGGUGGAUAUAGGAAACUACUUCCUUUUGAUAAAGCAGUUUUGUUUUCUCUUUUGUUUUGUACUCACAAAUUGUAUUACAUAUCUAUAUAUCUGUACGUAUUUUGGGAUGAAAAUAUAAACCUGUUAAUAA